AUGAGCUAUGCCCUGGAGCCUCCCGUUCGUGGGAGGCUGAGGCCCUGGGACUCGGAGGCCUUCCUGGCUCCGGGGACCCCAGUUUCCAGGGGUCGCCACGGCUCCGACACAGAGCAGGGGACAGUCGCAGAAUUCGGGGUGUGGGAGGCAGAGGCGGGCACGGGCCCCAGGGCACAGGUGGCAGUGCCCCUGGCCCUGGCACAGCCCCUGGGCAGCCCCUCCGCCGGCCACAGCACCCAGCCCUGCAGGGAACAGCCCGGCCGGCAGCGAGGGAUCCGGAGCUCUGGAAGCAGCCAGUGUGGGGCCAAGGCCAGAGCCCAGGCUGAGGAACAGCGGCGGGGACUCCGCGAGGCCCAGCCUUCACCACCCGCCCCAGUGCCCCAUCGUCCCACGGAGGCUGGCGAGGCUGCGGUGCCCAGAGCUGCUGUUCUGCACACAGCGCCCGGGGGCUGCACACAGUCUCACGGGGCCAGCGCCCUGUGGGCCUGGGCAGCUGCACUCUGCUCAGCCCUUCUCUGGGCGGGCCGGCGGGCGCGCGGGGGCAGGACAACCCCCGACCCCCUCAUCCCUGGCUCUUCCCCCGUGGGCAGGGACAGCAGACCCACGUGCCUGCCCCACCUGGUGAGCUCUCCAGAUGGCAUCUCAGCCGGGAAGACACCCAGACAGGGAUUCGGUUCCCUGAGGACUCGGCCACGGGCUGGGGCAGCCGGCGGUGACAGAUGGUGCUGCCUCUGUGUGUGCCAGCUUCGGCGCCCUAGUCCCAGUCAGACCAGCCCUUCUCCGGCCGAGGCCCCAGGUCUGGAAACCCAUAGGCUGCCUUUACCCGCUCUGACCCUUCCCUGCUUCUCCCGGGGUUGGGACUCCGACCCCAGAGCCCCACCCCACGCCCUCUGGGGCUCUCGGCCGGCCUGUUCCGUGGCAGGAGCGGAAACCCAGAGCCGUCUUCCCUCAGCACACUCGCCUUCCUCCGCCGGCCGGGCGCCACGCCCUCGCUCCCCUCCUCGGCUGGCGGCUGGCGGAGGAAGGGGCCGGUUCAUCUCCCCAGCAGGAAGCCCCGAGGAGCCCAGGAAGGAGCUGGGUUUCUAUGUACACUGCUCUCCUGAAGGCGAUGGAAGCCAAGCCUGCCGCCUGGAUUGCUCGUGCACUCCUCGGCCCACACCUCCCGCCCCAUCGCGCUGUCUGCCCCGGGCCGGCAUCACCGUCUCUCGGCGGAGCGUUGCCACCCGAGGCCUCGCGCUCCGCUCUGCAUGCACCGACAGCUCCGGCUCCGAGAGCCGGGCACUCCUCCGAAGGCUUCUCGUGCCCGGCCCCGCCCCAGGCGCGGGACGGGAGCUGCGGGUGUUUCCGGCUGCUGCCCAUCGCUUGUUUUUUAACGGGUAGAAUUAAUAUUUGACUGUCGUUUGUAAUCAGAUGGCAGUUGGUGUAGUUUCUGUGUUUCAUACUUUCAAUUUUAAAAAUGACAAGUUUUAAGCAGCUGCCGGUUGGGUGUGUUUUUUGGAAAGUGCAAUUAGACCAGUUCAUUAAGGGGGGGGCUUCCGGCUCUUCCUUAUUAGCGCCAGAAAAUCCACUCAUCUUUUGACCCUUUCCUUUUU